ACUCCCUGAAUUAGCUCUCACUCUGGCUGAUCUGGCUGUACGGGACAAUGCUCGGCAGGCACGGGAAGCUGACACUAGGGGCGCUCUCCGGUGCAGAUAAUUCUAAGGACUGUGUGCUGGUUGGCACUAGUGCCGUAUAUCGGAAGCUCAUGGAUCCUAGCUUGGAUACCUGUAACAAUGUGGUACCUAGAUAUGACUGUGGAAAGCAUACAAAUAAAAAAGCUGCAGUGGCACGUGCACGGCUUGAGAAGUCUGAGUCAGAAGAUUCAGGGGUGGAACUGCCACCAAACUCACCUUUUGGAUCUGAGAAAAGCUACGGUCAGGAGGAACCUGAAAGCAUAGAUGUGGCAUACCCUGAGGAGCAAAAGCAUCUCAGAACCUCUGCUCGUAAGAAGUCAGACAGCUUUGUAGAUUCUUCUUCCGAGGAGACAGAUAUUGUGGACUUAACCGUGCCUCUUAAGAUUGAGAAGUUUAAGGUCCAUCGAUAUGGGGAUAUAACCCUACAGCGGGAGAGGGAUAUGUCAGGCUUGCCCCAUAAGCUGGAGCAGGCAGUGCUCCGGAGCAGGAGACAAAGGCUGAGCAGUCGAGAACCAACCCAGAACAGGACAAACUGGAGUAACAGACACUAUCAGGGUUCACUCAAAGAUCAACGUAGGGGGACACCGUUAUUCCACAAGACAAGAAGUCCAACCAGAUGUCACAAUGAAAAUGAGGAACAUGAUCCCUUACACCUGCCAGGAGAUGGCCUGCGUUAUCUGGAGAACCUUUGUGACAUGCUGGAGCAGAUAGCCGAACUACAGAAACAAAAUCAGAGGCUACAACAUGAGAAGAGACAGUCUCAGGAGAGACUGCACAACAUAGUACUGUUUAAUGAUUCAUGCCAGUGCAGCAGCUCCCAUUCCUGCAGAGUUACAGAGGGUGAUGCCCCUGAUGGCUCCCACCCGUGUAUAAGGACCUGGGAAAAUCAGAUUUAUAGGAAAAGGGCCAGUUCCCACACAGGCAUACUCAGGAAUUUUCAACAGCAACCAAGUAACAGGCUGAUUGAAACAGAUAAAACACAACCUCAUUUUGUUAGUGUCCCAAACCUGCAGGAGAAUAAUGCUCACAGCCGAGAUCAACGCAAGAUAGAGGUUUCACAGUGGGACAAAAUGAAGGAUUUGAUCUUCAAGCUGUCACGUAAAGCUUCAUCAUCAUCGGUGGGCUCGGCGUCUGCAAGCACUAGGCAUAAUUACAGGUCACAGAAUCAUUCUGAUGCUCCGUCCAAUGCUCCUCGAAGACGUUUCCUCCCCAGCCUGGUCAUUAGACCAUCCCGCAAACAGGGACAGCAGUACCGGUGAAAACGCUAAAAGAUCUUUGCCUGGUGGAACACAAACAAGGGAAUAAAACUGCCCAUAAGAAUGUAAUAACACCCUGCUCACAAUGCAUCCAGCUGUUACAGCGAUAUUGUCAGAUGACGAGGAUUAACAGCAGAAUCAAGUUGGGUGCGGGACCUGACUUGACACAUGGUGCACACAGCUUGGCCCAAUUCAUGUCUGUAUUCAGUUGGAAAGUGAGUGCAGACGGACAUGUUAUGAUAUGGAGCUAAAAUGGACUAGGAGAAGUAACUAAUUUCACUCAGUGAUAAUUUGAACACGAGGACUGAAAUACACAGAGGAGAAAUGUUUAUCUCACAUUGUUUAUAAACACCCAUUGUUAAUAUUGUAUACGUUUGUAAUAUGUAAAUACAGAUUAAGACUACCAUAUA